AUGAGACUGUGUCUGACUAUGACUCAGACUACGAUCUUGCUUUCUGGUGAGAUGUUUUAUGAGACUGUGUCUGACUAUGACUCAGACUACGAUCUUGCUCUAGUCGAGUCAGACAUGGUAUCUGUCUCUCCAGCGAAGUUUGGAUCCUUGAAGGAUUUUUCCGUUGGAGAUAUUGUUGUUGUAUGUUCGCAACUCAGGAUGAACAAAGAGAAAGUGAUGAUACUUACGAUGAUGAUAUUUGUUGGGUCCUUCCUCCAAGCAUCACGGGGUUUAGCCGCCGAUUAUGGUGAAAUUACUUUGAAUGGUCCUGGUUUCUUCUGCACAUUCGUCACAGUUGCUCCUAAUACCGCUGAUGCUGUGGAAAUCAGAGUGUAUGAAGCAGAUGAAGUGGUUUAUAUGGCUGAGGCACUCCAACCAUGCCAACAUUUGAUCAAGCAAAGAGGAGAGUUGAUGAUGUUACCAACAGCACCAAGUAGAGAGCUUAGGUCCUUCUUUGUAACAAAAGAAACUGUACAACAAGUAAAGAGGUUCGCUUGUCGGCCAGGUGUACAAGUCAUGCGUGUCCCUAUUCGUCAUAUUUAUCAUAUUCAUCCUCACAUGUGGUACGGAUUACUCAUCCAAGGUGUUAUCGUCUUCACCUCCUUCUUCUUCCUCUUGUACCGUUCUCAGUGUUAG